AUGCUACCCAAGUUCUUCGCAGUGACACUUUUGAUGUGUGUCUUUGUCUCCGUCAAUGCCGUUGGCCUGAAUGAUUUACUGGAGCGAGCCUCUCAACUUUCAGACAAGCUUCACUCCCUCAGCACUUCUCUCACCAAUGAUCUGGAUUCUCACUUUCCUCCAGUUGGAAGAAUGAUGAUGCCACGUCCGUCCAUGUGUCACACAUCCUCCCUCCAAAUUCCCAAUGACAAAGACCAAGCCCUGAAAGUUCCAGAGGACGAAUUGUUGUCUUUGGCUCGAUCUCUACUGCUUGCGUGGUCCGAUCCCCUCGCUCUUCUCUCCUCUGAGGCAUCUAACCUGGCACAUCCAGAACGCAACACCAUUAACAGCAAGACCAAAGAGCUUCAAGAUAACAUCAACAGUUUGGACGCAGGUUUGGAGCGCCUCGUUCAUAAGAUGGGCUCAUCUUCAGACGACCUAUCCUAUCUUCCCUUUUACAUAAGCAACCUUGGCCAGGAUAAAACCUCUCGACUUGUGAACUUCCACUUCUUGCUGUCCUGCUUCCGCAGGGACUCCCACAAAAUUGACAGUUUCCUCAAAGUUCUCCGCUGCCGGGCAGCUAAGAGACCAGAGAUAUGUUAGAGCGGGAGGUGCUGCACUGCAUCUGCAUCUCUCUCAUUGUGCCUGUUAAAUAUCAAUAUAGCAGAGCAAUAUGAGAAACAAGUUUCUUUCUAUUACAAAAAGUGAACUUGAAGAUUUCUUUAUCAUAUAACAAAUUAGCACCUCUGUUGUUUGUUUCUUAGCUUUAGGUAUUUAAGUAACUUUCCUAUAUACUUGAAAAAAUAACUGGGACAAGGGGAAGGAAGAUUGUAGAGAUAAGAGAAACCACCUAACUAAAUAAAGCCAUUCAAAUUGAAUAAGACAUGGUUAGGUCAGAUGAAACAUCUGACUAAAGUGAAAUAUUAAAUAGAUGUACAGAAUAACAUCUCGGAUAAGUCUUUAUAUUUGGCACAUAGCUUGAUGGGAUAUUUGUAUAUUAUAUAACUAAAAUGUAUUUAUUGAGGAAAUGAUGUUGGAUCUAUAACAAGUUU